AUGGCUUUACCCUUCACCACCAGCAAACCGGAGGUUCCUGUUGCUUUUGAGAAGCUUCAAUCACUUAUUGAAUCUGAAUUCACCGAGUCGACUUUGCAUUUUUAUAUGAAUGGCACAAAAGUGGAAUUGCCGAAUCCGAAUCCAGACUGGACUCUUCUCGAUUUCAUCAGAUCACAACAUGGGACAAAAGGAACGAAAUUGGGCUGUGGUGAGGGAGGAUGUGGUGCUUGUACCGUGGUCCUCCAAACGUUAGACACGAAGCAGAAAGGGAAACUGAAACAUAUGGCUGUAAAUGCUUGUUUGUUUCCAUUAGUAGGAGUUGUUGGCAAACAUUUGAUUACAAUCGAGGGGCUUGGCAAUGUCGAAAAUCCGCAUCCACUUCAAGAAAGAAUUGCCAAAAUGCAUGGGUCACAAUGUGGAUUCUGUACACCAGGCAUCGUGAUGUCACUCUAUGCACUUAUCAGAAGUUCAUAUGAUCCCAUUUCAAAGGUAUUCAAGCUCUCAGCUAGCGACGUCGAGCUUGAAGGACACUUGGAUGGCAAUCUAUGUAGAUGUACUGGUUACAAGCCUAUCUUAACAGCCGCCAAAACCUUCAUAAUAGAAGAUCUGAAUGGUAAGGUAGAUGAGAGUCAUGCUGACAGAACUCUUGAAAUGGCUGUCGCUCAGGAUGGAAGUGAUGUUCCAUAUCGAUCAGAUUGCAUUCCCAAAGACAUUCUCAAUCAACCAACGAAUUCGUGUGGCAGAGCAGGAGGUUGCUGCAGGGAUAAGUCCAGAUCACAAUCUAGAGAUAUAUCAGAAAAUACUUCAAGCUCUAGAGAAUCCGCAUCUGAUGGAGCAUCCUCAGCGAGUAGUCCAACGUUUGAAGAGACAGAAAUUAGCGUUGCAGAAUUCGGAAUGCCAAUUAAAUCUAGAGCCAGAGAUCCACCGGACGGAAAAGAAGGGGAAGGGGCGAAAACCGAAACAAAUUUAGAAGCACCACCUCCUACGAUCGAAGAGCACGACUUGAAGAUAAAAUUCAUACCGUACGUACCUUCAACUGAGCUCAUCUACCCACCAUUACUGCGAAAAUUCGAUCACAAACCAAUAUGUUAUGGAACAUCCAAAAAGAUCUGGCUUCGACCUACCACGAUUAAUCAGCUCCUCAAGCUCAAGAAUCUAGAUCCUACGAUUAAGCUUGUCGGCGGCGCAAGCGAGGUGCAAAUCGAAGUCAAGUUCAAGAAUGCACCAUAUGCGAUCUGCGUUUACAUUUCCGAGAUCCCAGAGCUCGCAGAAAUGAUUAUCCCACAAACAGAUGAAGAGAUUAAUGCGAUGUCAGAGCUUGUGAUAGGCGCCAAUACUAACCUAACAGAACUAGGAUAUGCUUGCGAACUUUUAUACCCAAGACUUGGGAAGCGAGCUUUUGUUUUAGAAGCCUGCAGAAAGCAGUUACGGUAUUUCGCAGGCCGUCAAAUUCGCAAUACCGCUUCUCUCGCUGGCAAUCUCGUGACGGCAUCACCUAUAUCGGACAUGAAUCCAGUAUUACUUGCGGCUGGCGCUAAGAUUGUGAUCGAGAGUAUCAAUGGAGGAGAAGUUGCGCUGCCUAUUGAGAAGUUCUUCGUUUCAUAUCGAAAAACGAAUUUACCAUCUGAUGCCAUCAUCACCAAGAUUCGCAUCCCAAUUCCUCCGAAUGAUGUGGCCGAAGUUGUUAAAGCUUAUAAACAGGCGAAACGGAAAGACGAUGAUAUUGCAAUUGUUACAGCGGCGUUUCGGGUGCGUUUAGAUGGUGAUGGCAAAGUUGAGGAUAUCUGCCUCGCUUAUGGAGGUAUGGCUCCUCUUACCGUCCAAGCGGAGAAGACGAAGCUGGCAUUAGGAGGUCUGAAAUGGUAUGACCCGAGGACUUUAGACGCAGGAUUACAUGCCCUCCGUCAAGAUUUUAAUCUUCCCUUCAGCGUACCUGGCGGAAUGGCCACCUAUCGAAAAACACUCGCACUUUCAUUCUUCUUCCGAUUUUGGCAUGAAGUCGUGAAAGAGCUAAAUCUAGGAACUGUCGACGAAGACCUGAUAUCCGAAAUCCAUCGGGGUAUCUCUUCUGGGGGUCGAGAUGAUCAUAAUCCAUAUGAGCAACGAGUUGUGGGUAAACAAGUACCUCAUUUGAGUGCUUUGAAACAAAAUACCGGGGAGGCGGAAUAUCUAGACGAUAUGCCACGCCAAGAUCGAGAGCUCUUCGGUGCACUGGUACUCUCUGCAAAGGCUCACGCCAGAUUUGAGGCUGACUGGACACCAGCUAUUGGACCGGGACUAGCUCUUGGUUAUGUAGAUGUGCACAGUAUCUCAGCCGAACAGAAUUUGUGGGGGUCCGUUAGAAAGGAUGAACCUUUUUUUGCGGAUGGGCUUGUAGAGUCGCAUGGUCAGACUAUUGGUAUGGUAUAUGCUGAGACGGCAUUGCAAGCGCAACAGGCAGCAAAAUUAGUGAAGAUCACGUAUGAAGAACUUCCAUUCAUUCUCACGAUCGACGAAGCGAUUGAAGCUAAGAGCUUUUGUCAACACGGGCGUAUGCUGAAGAAAGGUAUUGCGAUCGACGGAUCAAUUGAAGAUGCAUUUGCCAAAUGCGAUAAAAUCGUCACAGGCGUCACAAGAAUGGGGGGACAGGAACAUUUCUACCUCGAGACCAACGCUGCACUGGUAAUACCUCAUAUGGAAGAUGGACAUAUGGAAGUCUGGUCAUCUACACAGAAUACCAUGGAGACUCAGGAAUUCGUAAGCCAAGUCACGGGCGUCCCCAGUAACCGAAUCAACGCGAGAGUAAAGCGGAUGGGCGGUGCUUUUGGUGGUAAGGAAUCGAGAAGCGUGCCUAUCGCAUCUAUCUGCGCGAUUGCUGCUAAGAAAGAGAAGAGACCUGUUCGUAUUAUGUUGAGUCGAGAGGAAGAUAUGAUGACGACGGGCCAACGCCAUCCUUUCCAAGCACGUUGGAAAGUUGGUGUUAUGAAUGAUGGGAAACUAGUAGCGCUCGAUGCAGACAUAUAUAAUAAUGCGGGAUAUUCCUAUGAUAUGUCUGGAGCCGUUAUGGACCGAUGUUGUACUCAUGUCGACAACUGUUACGAGAUCCCAAAUGUCUUCGUCCGCGGUCAUGUUUGUAAAACAAAUACGCAUAGCAACACCGCGUUCAGAGGUUUCGGUGGGCCACAGGCCAUGUUCAUCGCAGAAAGUUACAUGACGGCAGUUGCUGAAGAACUCAACAUGUCUAUCGACGAUCUUCGUGUGAUGAACCUCUACAAACAAGGUGACCGUACUCCUUUCCUCCAAGAAGUAGACGAGGAUUGGCACAUCCCCCAACUUUUCAAGGAGAUAAAAGAAGAGUGCAAGUAUGAAGAACGAAAAGCGGCAGUCGCAGAAUUUAACAAGACGCAUAAAUGGAGGAAACGGGGAAUCGCAAUGCUCCCAACGAAAUUUGGGUUAAGUUUCGCAACGGCACUUCAUCUCAACCAAGCAGGCGCCAGCGUCAAGAUCUUCGCAGACGGAAGUAUUCUACUCCAUCACGGCGGUACUGAAAUGGGUCAAGGCCUCUACACCAAAAUGGCCCAAAUCUGCGCCCAAGCCCUUUCCGUUCCCCUCUCCGCAAUUUACACCCAAGACACCUCCACCCACCAAAUCCCCAACGCUUCUCCCACCGCAGCCUCCUCCGGCAGCGACCUAAACGGCAUGGCCAUCCUAGACGCCUGCACCCAACUAAACACCCGCCUCGCCCCCUUCCGCGCGCAAUUUGGCGCCUCCGCCCCAAUAAAAACACUUGCUCACGCUGCCUACCUCGCCCGCGUCAAUCUCGCUGCGACAGGCUUCUGGAAAAUGCCGCGCAUCGGCUAUGUCUGGGGAGAAUACGAUACGGAGAGGGUGAAGCCGAUGUACUACUACUUCACGCAAGGCGUGGCAUGCUCUGAAAUCGAACUCGACGUCCUAACCGGGUCGCAUACCGUGCUUCGCACCGAUAUCAAAAUGGAUAUCGGCCGCUCUAUCAACCCUGGGAUUGACUAUGGCCAGAUCGAAGGGGCGUUUAUCCAGGGUCUCGGUCUCUUUACUAUGGAAGAGACUCUUUGGUUGAGGUCUGGGGAACUGGCUACGCGUGGGCCUAGCACUUACAAGAUCCCGGGCUUCGGGGAUAUACCGCAGGUCUUUAACGUUAAGUUUUUGAAGGGGGUAGAAGGAGGAUGGAAGGGGAUAAGGAGUGUCCAAAGUAGUAAGGGGGUAGGCGAGCCACCUGUCUUUCUGGGAGCAAGUGUGUUUUUUGCGUUGAGAGAGGCAGUUCGGGAUGCGAGUAGGGAGAAUGGAGUGCGGGGGAGAUUGGUGCUAGAUAGUCCGGCAACUGCGGAAAGGUUGAGGGGUGCAGUUGGGGAUGAGAUUUUGAAGUUGGGAUGGGUGGAGGAGAAGGGCGAAAAGGGGUGGUUUGUUAGUGUUGCGUAG